AUGCGGUAUGGUUCAUCAACAACCUCCAUUGAAUUAUUUGGUCCUACUCGGUAUCAAUGGGAUCAGGGAUACUUCCAGCAAGAAAUAUAUCGAAGAGUUGGCGUUGUACUAGCCGAAAAUCAAAUUAUAUCAGAAGCUUGGUCUAAAAUUCUCGAAAAAUUAGCUUUUUAUGAUUACAUUGGAAAUAAUCCAGCAAAAGGGGUCUUAUUUAGAGCGGGUUCAAUGGACAAUGGAGAUGGAAUAGUUGUCGGUUGGUUAAGACAUCCCAUUUUUAGAGAUAAAGAGGGACAUGAGCUUUUUGUACGUCAUAUGCCUACUUUUUUUGAAACAUUUUUAGUUGUUUUAGUAGAUGGGGACAUAAUUGUUAGAGGCGAUGUUCCUUUUUUAAGGGCAGAAUCGAAAUAUAGUGUCAAACAUGUAGGUGUAGUUGUUGAGUUUUAUGGUGGUGAACUUAAUGGAGUAAGUUAUAGUGAUCCCGCUAGUGUGAAAAAAUAUGCUAGACAUGCUCAAUUGGGUGAAAUUUUUGAAUUAGAUUGUGCUACUUUGAAAUUAGAUGGUGUUUUACGUAACAGUCCAGGGGGUUGGUUUACUUUUGGGCAUACUUCAUUUGCUCUGUUAUUCUUUUUCGGGCAUAUUUAG